GACAUCUGUCUUUCUUCAACUUGACAAAACUUUUUUUUUUUCUCUUCUCUGCUUCUUUUUUCUUUUUUCCUCCCAUAGAAAAAAAAACUAAUGGCUUCACAAAAAGUUAUCACUGUCAUCACUACUUCCUCCGAUAGCUCCACCGGAGAUUCACACCCGCCGGCGAACUGUCCGAAAGGACAGUGUUUGUGCUCUCCGACGACACAUCGAGGAUCUUUCAGAUGCAGGUACCACCGUACCUCUGCUUCUGGUGAGACAAGUACUGCAUGGUUCAAGAGGUCUAAAUCCAUUCCUGUUAAUAAUAAUAAUAAUAACAACAACAACAACAACUUGUCUUCAAUUUCUCCCAAAUCAGUUGAAUCUACUUAAGUACAAGUUUAAUUUGUACUUUUUCAUAUAUAUAUUUAUAUGUUUUACUGGAUAAAUGAAAAAGUAUCUGGUCUUUUUUUUU